AUGAGUUCCCUGCAGGACGUGAACCCCACAGUGCGGAGCAUCAGAGCCACAACGAGCCUGCAGGGUCUUGCUGCAUGCGUCACAGAGGAGAUCGCACGGGGAGCCAAGAAACCUUUCCAGCAAGUGAUUGAUGUCAGUUCAGGAGAUCCCCACAGGGCAGGGAUGGCACCCAUGUCAUUUGUUCGGCAGGUCUUGGCAGCGUGUAUUUACCCCGAGCUCCUCAAAGACAAAAGCCUUCCUCUGGAUGCCAUACAGAGGGCACAGACACUUCUGGGGGCCUGCAGUGGAGGGAGCGUGGGCUCAUACAGUGUAACCCCCCCUGGCAUACCAUAUAUCCUGAAAAGUGUGGCUGAGUUCAUCAUGAGGCGAGACGGUGGAGUGAAUUCAAACCCAGAAGACAUAAUCUUCUCCAGUGGUUCUCAGAAGGCUUUGUCGCUGGUUUUGCACCUAAUGGCCAGUGGGCAGGGGGAGACUCGGACAGGCGUGUUGACCCCGAUGCCCUGCCCACACACCCUACCCACGCUGCUGGACAUGUCUGGGGUGACACUGGUGCCGUACCAGUUGACGGAGGAGCGAGGCUGGGCUGUAGACCUGGACGAGCUGCACCGAGCUUUGAAGACCGCUCAGGGGCGCUGCAGUCCCAGAGCCAUUUACAUCAGCAACCCUGGAAACCCCACAGGUCAUGUGCAGGACAGGAAAUCAAUAGAGACAGUGAUUAGUUUUGCUGCAACCGAGGGCCUCGUCCUGUUGACUGAAGAGGUGUACCAGGACAGCGUGUAUGGAAAGGGCAGGGACUUUAUUUCCUAUAAGAGAGUCCUGUCUGAGAUGGGCAAAGACUACUCAGAGACAGUGGAGUUGGUUUCUCUACAUUCUAUAUCCAGCGCCUGCAUGGGAGAGUGUGGUCUGAGAGGAGCGUAUAUCGAGGUAAUUAACAUGGAGCCAGCAGUGAUGAAAUAUUUAAGAGAAAUGCAUGCCUCUUCCAGCCCUCCAGUUUUAUCACAGCUCGCUCUGGAGGUCAUGGUCAAUCCACCCACACCUGGAGAUCCUUCCUAUAAAACAUACUCACAGGAGAUUCUUCAUUCUCUGACAACUCUGUCCCACAAUGCUCAGCGUGCUUGUGAGUUCCUGAAUGUUCUUCCAGGGAUGAACUGCCAACCAGCGAUGGGGGGAGUCUUUCUCUAUCCCCGUCUGCAUUUACCACCUCAGAUGGUAGAGGAGGCCCAGAUGUUAGGAGUGGAGGCAGAUGUGCUUUACUGUCAGAGGUUACUGGAGGAGGAAGGUGUGUGUUUGGGAGCCGGCUGUGAGAACGGACAAGAAAGUCCAAAUUACCACAUCAGGCUGUGUGUUUUGGCUCCUCCUGACACCCUGGAGGAGAUGUUGGCACGACUUUCCUCUUUCCACCUGCGCCUGCUGGACAGAUUUCCCUGA